AUUAUCUUUUUUAGGACAAAAGAAUGAAUGGAAAUGUUCGCUUCAGCUUUAUGUUAUUGUUCACUGCUUUAACAUCUGGGGCCAAAGCCACUGAUGAGUCUGUUGUAACCUUGGAAUAUAGACCACCAAUUAUACGUGUUGGAAAGCCAUUAACAUUGAUAUGUAAAGUGAAUAACAUUAAGUUUAUUGACAAACAAAAUAUAAGACAAUGGCACAAAGGAACCGACUUGAUAGUUCAAAAUGGUAAAAUAUUUGACAAGAAUAAGUACAAGGAAAUUAUAAAGAAAAAACGAUUUUUAUUACGGAUAACGAAAGUAACAGAGGCAGACCUGAAUACAAAUUUCAAAUGCAAUUACAACUUUAAGGAAGGCAACUUGUCUCUUAAAAUAUCUCCGCUUAAUUUCGAAUAUCCUCCAUCAAAUGAUACAAAGGCAUUGAUAACUCAAACAGAUGAGUCGGUCAGGAUUUAUCUCCAUUUUGAAAAGAUUUAUCCAUAUCCACAAUGUACUGGUUUUGUACAUAAUUCCAAUUUUAGCUGCAUCUUUAAAAAGAGAGACAAACAAGAUGCAGGAAAAUUCUAUACAGUGGAUUUGAUUUGUCACUCGAACAGUCUAAUCAAAUGCAAUGAGACAGACAAUAUAAAAGUAGUUUGUCUUUUGAUAUUUCAAUAUCAAAUACAAACCGAUAGGAAUCAGACAUGCAAACCAAAAGACAAUUUGAACAUAAACCAUGACAAUUAUUCACGGAUGGAGUUGGCCUUAAGUCUAGUUAUGAUAGGAGCUGUGAUGUUCAUGAUUUUCCUGGUAGCAGUACGUUGGAGGAACAAAAAAAUUAAACAGGUGUCAAAAAAUGCUGUAUACACCUAUGUUGAUUAUGACAGAAGACAAACACGGCUACACUGCAAAGGAUCCGUACUGGAAUGAGCCUGAUUCAGUAUUCUAUCAGAGAAUAAGACUUGAAAAAAAACUUUUUUUUCACACAGAAGAAGUUUUGUUUAAUAACAAAUGAAAUAUAUCUGCAGCUUUUGUCCAUUUCGUUUGAGCAUAUUUUGAUAGCUAUUUGCACAUUUAGAUUAACAGAAAAAAUAGAUUUAUUAUAUUAUUUGAAUUGGACAAGGUUCAAGAUUGAUCAAUUUUGUUUAUAACAAAAACUGGUAUGAGUCUCUUUUAUUCAGUCCAUCUAAUAUACGAGUACGUGGCUGAUGCAUCCACAUAAACUCAUCAUAGAUACCAGGAAUAAACUUUUAUAUUUACGCCAGACGCGAAAUAUAUCUUUCUGUGUUCUACCUUUUUGUGUGCCAAGAUUGGAAAUCCUGUAUUAUUUGAAAGGUGAUUUUUUUAAACGAAUGUUCUAUUCUUAAGGAGAUUCUCGUAAUUGGGAUGUUUCUAUCCUUAGUGUUGGAUGACAAGUAAUUAUUAAGACUGAUGUUGAACUAAGUAUCUGUUUAUAGCCAACAUUAUGCAGAAACGUAAAAAAAUCAGACUUUUUUUGCGGUACAGUUAGAUAUUUAAUAGAUGUUGUAUCGCUACAAAGUUACUGAGCUAGUUAAAGCGCCUAAACUUGCUUCUUGUUCAUUGUUAGUUACCCCUGAUUUUUUUUAAUGUUUUUUAGUUUUGUUUUAACUAUUUAGUAUGUUUGCGUCUGUGGUAAAUAACAACAGAUGGUAAUGCAAACAUUCAUUAAAAGGAAGGGUCAUUUUUAACAUUAUCCUGUGUUAACGGACAGUAGAGGAAAUAUUUGACAUACUGGGAUGAAAGAUGACAACAAAUGGACUACAUUUUUCGGGUGGUCUUAUCUUUGUAUCCAACAGGGAUAUUUCUAUCUUUUUUUAUAAAAUAUUAUAUGCCAUUUCGUUCUUAAACUAAUAUAUGAAAAUGCUAAAAUUUAUGUGUCGAUAAAAAAUACGUCUAAUUUUUUUGUCAUAGGGAAAGAUGUACAAAUUUUAUGUCUGAAAAUUACUCUUACUAGUGCAUCAUAUGAUUUAGGAGAUAGCUGUAUUGUAUAUUAAGCUCUGAAGGCAUCGAUAGAGAUUUGAUGGUAACACAUUUUGUUUACUGGCGAUGUGUUAGCAGAUCCAGCAAACGGGUAGUUACGAGCAUGAAAUCACCAAUGGAUGCCGUCGGAGCUUAAAAUUCAAUAUUAUUAUUUCUAUUAUAAUGAAACUAACAGAACACAACGUCAAAUUUUAUAUUUAAACGUCGUCUGCGCUUGACCGUACGUUUUCAUGGCAUCAAUUGUGAAUCGAUGCCAAGAAAAUGUUUGACGUUAUCCAGUGAAGAUGAUUGUAGCAAACGAUGUUGCAUUAAAAUGAAUAGUGACAACGUCGUGUGUUCAGAUAAUUGUGUUUACUUUGUAAAACAGGAGUUAUUAAUGUUGUACUCCAUCUUACAGAUUUGUUUGAUACAUGCAAUUUCAAGUUCAAGCUAGCUUAUCGUUUAAAUGUAGAUUGUAAUUGUAGAUGAAAACAACCCAUGUCAGCUAAUCAUUACAUUUUCUUUAUUUAAAAAAAUUGAAAACAACACGUUUAAUAAUUUCUUGUGUGCGAAGUGUGCGAAGCUUUUUUCUGGAUUUACUUUCUUCAAGUGUCACGGUUAAGACGAGUUUAUCGAACGCAAGCAUAAGCACGGUGUAUUUGAUGAUGAUUUUGUCCAUGUUCUGUAGAAUGUAUGUAAAUGUAUGCCACUUUGAAGUGAUGUCAUCAUAUUCAUUGCUUGCAGUUUUUUCUCAAAGCAUAACAAAGCAUAAUAACUGACAAUAAGAGGUUCAAAACCCGGUAUCUUAUUAUGGAAGAUUCAUGGUCAUAACCAUUUAAGGAAUGUCUUUCUUGCAAACUAUUUUAAAAAACAAUUUGCAUUUCAUAUCAAGUUAUAUUUGUAUUUUUAUGAAUAACUAUGGCUUUUUUGUUUUUAGGUAUAUUUUGUUACUAUACGUUACUUAACAUUUGUUUUUGUUUCAUCCCAUGAAGCUGUUGUUAUGACCAUUCAGUAUUUAUGAAUGUAAUUUAUGCAAACGGCUGAUUGUGCUCUGAUUAAUAACUUCUUUUUGGCAUUUGUCAUAUCUAAUACAAUAUUAAUUUUUAUCUUACCUCCUAUACAUUUAUAAGAAUAUGAUUGGUUAAGAGCAACCUCGUUGAGACCGUGUAUAUUCCAUAUUAGGUUAGUAAGGUUCCAUAUUAGGUUAGUAGUGGAGUUGUGUCCCUUUAUACAAAUAACAAGGCGAUGAGAAUUUUAUUUAAAGGUUUCAACAGACGAUUAAAUAGAUAAUGAACGAUAAAAAUUAAUUACAUACAAAUAAUUUAAAGCUAACAAGUUGUUAUUGUUGGCAUUUGUUUUUAAAUAUACAUAUGGAAGUUAAUAAUACUAACAGUGUUGAAGACUUGAUCAUUUUUUAGGACACUAGUCCAAAUAUCACAUGGUAAGAUAGUCAGUAAGAUAAUAUGGUUACAUAGUGUGUUCCUAACCAAAUACGAUAUAUAUGAGCCCAUAUAUAUCGUAUUAGGUCACUAGCGCACUAUGUAACUAAUAAUAUCUCUGGUUUCAAAAAAAAUACGAAUGUUUAGGUCAUUCAAUCCUUUGGAUAUCAAAAGUGUUGUAUAUCAACAAUCAAAGAAAGUAUAUAUUUAUUAUUGAUACUUUAAAAUGAGGUGGAAAAUAUUUAGAGACAUAUAGUUUACGUUAAGACAUGGGUUUUGCUCAUUAUUCAACAAGAAUUGAAUGCUUCUUUUGGUAAAUGCAUUGAUGUGUAAAAACAUUAGCCCAAGUACAUUUUGUAUGAAGAGCGGAAGCAGUUCAAUCUUAAAAUGUGCGUACUGUCAGCUCUUUUUAUAUAUCUAUGAAAUUACUUAAAUAAGCAUUCCAUAAUUAUAAGUACAUUUUUUGCUAUGAUUAUGAAAACAUGAUUAUUAUCAAGUUAUUUCUUUUAUUUAUCUGUGCACUUUAUUGUUGAAGUUUGUGUCAAGAUGACUGUUACAAUUCAUUUUUGAUAUGAAGUUGAUUAAGGAAUAACGCGAGAUUGCAGUUAGCCAAUCAGAAUAACGUAUUAUAAUGGAACAUACAUCUAAUGUAAUUAUUGAUAAAUAUACAAAAAGGUUGAUAUGUAUACUUUAAUUACAAAUCGAAAUAACUGUUUACUUUUUUAAGAGAUGGUUCUUAUUUGAUUAAUGUUUUUCAUUUACAUUCUUUUCUCAUUCUUUGCAAUAUAAAGUUCAUCCUAGAUUUACAUGAUUUAAUUGAAAUACUUAAUUUAAUAUAUUAAAAUCAAUUGAGCUGACAAAUGAGGAACCUAUUAUGAUUUCAUUGGUUUGCCGAAAAAUGAUCUGGUUUUGUUAAAGGAAUUGCCUUUUAGACAAAAAACUUAAAUAUGAAAACUUAAUGAAUAAUUUCCAGGCUCUGUCUAUUUCACUCUUUGAUCCUUAUCAUUUUUGGUGCCCAUAACCAAAGUAUAGACACUGCCAUAGCUUUAUUUCGAGAUACCCAUAAUCAUCCACCACUUUUCCUUAUACUUGUAUUAUAACUUAAAACCCUUUUAAUAUAUUGUCUAUAUAAUAAUAUUGUGCACCUCCUUAUUUCUAGAUUUGAACCGAAGCAGUAUUGGGGAUUCACUUAUCAAGGCCUGGGGUUUGAAUCAUUUUGUUAGCUUUGCCUGCAGUACCUCUAGUUUAAGUUUUGCUGCAGUGUGAAAAUUUCAUAUCAUUAACAUAAUAAGUAAGUUCUUUCAAUGAAAGUGUUAUUUCUGUUUUGUUCAUAAAGUGGAACUACAAUUGUAUAAUUGGAGAAUGCAAAUUGUUGCAAAUGGAAAAUCAGAUGGUUAUUCAGGAUCUUUUUAAAUGCACAAUGAAACAUCAUUCCACGUACGUAUAAUUGUGUUUCUAUGUAUUACAUUAAUAAACUUACUGCAUACAUCUA